AUUCAAUUGAAUAAAGUCACUGCCUUGUUGUUUUGAUGGACGAUGAACUCGGAAAAGACGGAACUAAGGAAGAAGACAGGGUAACUGUGAGCGAAGCCACUUCAGAAAUUCAACUAGAAACACCAGAACCGAACAAGACAUUGCCAAUAACCAAUAUCCCAAAGAUCCACAAGAACGAUAAUACCGCCAAAAAGAACGAUGGUCAAUGCACGGUCAAAGAAAUCCUCAACGAAAUCCUCGACUGCCAAGUCGUGCGCAUAUCCACCAACCAGAUCCCGUGCAAAAAUGCCCAGACCUCAGAAACGAACGACGCCUCCGCAGACAAGACCAGCCAAGUAGCAUCGGACAUGCUACCCACCAAUGACGAAUCUGUCCCCUCCAAAGUGGUGACAGUCAAGCAAAUCCUGGGCGAAGUCCUGAACUACACCGUGUGCCGGCAAACCGUACCCGCGGAGUUCUCGGAGCCAAGCACCUCGAGCAGGGCGCAUGCGUCGAGCACGCAUCGUCGGGCGGACUUCCACGUGUUCAGGGCGGGCGUCAUCAACUCCUCCCACCUGUUGCACAGCGAGAGCGCCAAGUCGUUCGGCAAGGUGCUGCCCUCGUAUUCGUCAGUGCUGCGCAUGGGCCCCGCGCAUAAACUCUCCGUCUCCUCCGAUUCCUUCCCAGUACGACGCCCGCCGCCGUCGUACGCCGAAGUAGAAGGCCUGUUCGAGGCGGCGUCGCCGAGCGCCGGGUCGUCGGAGUCGGCCAUCUUGGGACCGGAUCCGGUGUACGUGGUGUGUCCGGUCUGCAGGACGGUCGUCGUGACGGACGUCGAGAGGGAAAGGUCGAGCGCGACGCACCUGUUGGCCUUGGUGCUGUGUUUGUUCUUCUGCUGGCCUUGUUGUUUGCUACCGUACUGUAUGCACUCGUGCAGUUAUUCGUAUCAUUCGUGUCCGAAUUGUAGGCAUUAUUUCGGCAUGUACAGGCCGUUUUAGAAUAA